AUGACGGUUUUCUCCGGCAAACAAGUGGUUCCGAUGGAUUACGAGGCAGAGGUAUCACAGCGGCUUCUAGAUGCUAUCCUCGACGGAGACAUCAAAACGGCAUCCGUUUGCGUCUCCGAUCCGCUGCUCGACGUGAAUUUCGUCGGCGGCGUAAGCUUGAAGACGAGGAGGAGCGAGGUCGUGCUCCGUGAUGAGACGGCGAGCGAAGUACGAGUGGAGUACGAGGAGUUUAAAACUGACGUAACGGCGUUGUUCCUCGCCGUUAGUUUCGGAAACGUAGCUCUCGUGAAGCAGUUACUGACCAUUGGAGCUGAUGUGAACCAGAAGCUCGUCAGGGGAUUUGCAACGACUGUAGCUGUAAGGGAAGGUCAUUUCGAAGUACUUGAGAUUCUACUCAAAGCCGGUGCUUCUCAGCCGGCCUGUGAGGAAGCUCUAACCGGAGCAAGCUGUCAUGGACGCGCUAAGUUCGCUGAACUGCUUAUGGGAACUGAUCUUAUUCGGCCUCAUGUCGCUGUGCACUCUCUAGCCACUGCUUGCUGCAGAGGUUUUGUGGACGUUGUAGAGACCUUGAUCAAAUGUGGAGUAAAUGCUGAUUCAACGGAUAGGCUUCUGCUUCAAUCUUCAAAACCUUCUCUAUACACUAAUGUGGACUGCACAGCUCUUGUUGCUGCUAUUGUUAAUAGGCAGGUCUCGGUCGUCCGCUUGCUACUUCAGGCUGGAGUCAAGACAGAUAUCAUGGUGAGGCUAGGAGCAUGGUCAUGGGACACUAACACUGGAGAAGAGUUCCGUGUGGGAGCUGGAGUGGCUGAGCCCUAUCCUUUAACCUGGUGUGCUGUAGAAUUCUUUGAAACCAGUGGUGACAUAUUGCGUAUGCUGCUCAAACUCCAAUCUCCAAACACUCCUCACAACGGUCGGACUCUACUCCACCAUGCCGUCCUUUGCGGUAACGAGGAAGCUGUCAGAGUCCUCCUCAGCUGUGGUGCUGAUCCAGAAACUCCUAUCAAAACUUCACGAGGCACUGAACUCAGACCGCUUCAUAUUGCUGCACGUUGCGGGUCAGUGGAGAUCAUACAACAACUGGUUAGCUUUGGCUGCAAUGUAAACUCGAAGACUGAUGCUGGAGACACGGCUCUGCUGAUCUCAACAAGACACAAGCAUUCAGAAUGCUUAAAGGUUCUAGCAUUAGCUGGUGCUGACUUCGCCUUAGUGAACAAGCUCGACCACACUGUUAUUUGGGUCGCUGAAUCAAGCAAGUGGUGUCUCGGAUUAGAACGAGUAGUUCUUGAACUGAUCCGGUCUGGUGUGGCUCCACAUUCAAGCAACGCUUCAGUUUUCUCGCCCUUGUUGUACGUAGCUAAAGCAGGAGACGCCGAAGCACUUAAGACUCUUGUAAAAGCUCAAGAAGUCUUCCUAGACUAUCAAGACGAGGAAGGAUGCUCGGCUGCAAUGCUAACGGCCAUGAAAGGCCAUAUUGAAGCAUUCAGAGUUUUAGUCUAUGCAGGCGCAGACGUUAAACUAUUCAACAAAGCAGGUGAUACAGUUGUUUCUCUGUCUGAGAAGAACGGUAACUUAGACAUGAUCGAGAAGGUGAUGCUCGAAUAUGCUCUCGAGAAAGACAACAGGAACAUGGCUGGUUUGUUCUACGCUCUACACUGUGCUGCAAGGCGUGGAGAUGUUAAAGCGGUGAAGCUUUUAAGUGGGAAAGGAUACGGUCUUGAUGUCCCCGAUGGAGAUGGCUACACUCCUUUGAUGCUUGCGGCUAUAGAAGGCCAUGGAAAAAUGUGUGAGUUCUUGAUCACACAAGGAGCAAACUGUUAUGCUAAGAACCGAAGAGGGAAAACGCUGCUGGAUCUAGCCGUUGGUGAUGCGGAGGAGGUGAUCCGUGACGAGUUGUCUAGGAGGUUUGUGUUAAAGGGAAGCAGUGUGAUGAAACACACCAAGGGAGGGAAAGGAAAGAAGCAUGGGAAGGGGUUAAAAAUGUUGGAGUUAAGUGGAGUGCUAAGUUGGGGAACGUCUAGGAAGAGAAACGUGGUGUGCAAGGAAGUAGAGGUUGGGAUGAGCCAGAGGUUCAGGAGGAACCGCAAGGGGAAAGGCGAUGAAGCUGCGGAGGAGGAAGGGGUUUUCAGGGUGGUGACUAAGGAGGACAAAGAAGUUCAUUUUGUGUGUGAAGGUGGGUUGGUUGGUGCAGAGAUGUGGGUGAGGGGAAUAAGAGUCGUAACAAGGGAGGCUACUUGUGGGAGAACUCAGACUCAGGAUUAG